UCUGUUGUGAUUAUUCCAUCUCAUUGUGUCGUGAGAAAACGUAAUUGUUAUAAAUUUAAUUCUAUCUUGAUUUCCGUUGGUGAUUCUUACAUUUUUUCCUAACUAAAUUUCUUCCUUGAUAAUAUAAGCACUUCCUCAACCGUGACAAAGGACCCAUCUAUUUGCUUGCUUCCACCAAAGCCCAAAUUGAACUGAAACCCUCUCCGUCCUGGUACUGUCUUCGCAUUCAUUCAUAAAAUAUCAUCAAUAUUCUAACUCACCAAACUUUUUCUUCCAUGAACUAAUAUGGACAGUAGUUUUUAAUACCAUAUUCAGUGUUCUGACAUUGCAUUUUCUUUGGAAUACACCCCAGCAAUAUGUCCUCAGACUCUUCCGAGGAGCCAAGCUGCUCCACCGUUAGCACUCCUAAGCUGGAUGACAAAUUAAUAUUUAAGGAGCCUUUAGUUCCUCCUAAGAAGGUACCAAAGCAUGGUAAAAAAGUUCUAGAAGAAGAUGAGUAUUUAGAGCGAAUGGGGAAAAUCAUCCAGAGAGAUUUCUUUCCGGAUUUGGAGAAAUUAAAAGCUCAAAAUGCAUAUCUCGAUGCUGUACUUCACAAUGAUGUACGUAAACUUCAGGAAGUUUACGCCAAAUAUAGUUCAGGAUCAAAGCCGCCCACGGAUAGACAUUCAAGCCCCGCAACCUUUGAGACUCCGGUUGCAAGUUCAAGAACCAGUGAUGAACAGUUUGAGCUCAAGGAUCCAAGUGAAGAAACAGCUUUUAACAAACUGGACAAAAAUAGCAAUAAAGAUAAAAAUCUAAGUUUAGACCAGUUUCUAAGCGCCCAUACCAGUGAGGACAAUGAAAGUUUCACCGAAAUUAUGAAGAAAGCUGAAAUCAGACACCGAUUAAAGCAUCCUUGGCUGUACAAAGAGGCAGAAAAUCCAGAGGAAGAAAGACAAAGACUUUUGGCACUGCCGUCAACUGAAGAACAAAAAGAUCCUGCCCCAAAGCCGCUCAAUCUGGACACUUGGACUUUCAAGGACAAAAAUUACAUCAUGUAUGUUCCUGACGGUGUUCCACUAACUCCAGAAGAAAGGUUAGAAAUGUCCAAAAGGCGCCAAUCCAUCAAUCAUGCAAGUACAAGACUUGAGCACUGCCCAUUCAACGAAGAACAAAACAAAGAGACCUUACACAACGUAGCUCAAAUGCAAGCACGAACUUUGGAAGGAAAAAUUGAUGUUGACGGUAAAGAAGUGGUCUUGGGAACCACGCCUAAAGUCAACGGCUUCUCAUUUGUGAAAACUCCCUCACCAGCACCUGGAGUUGACGAAUCUCCACUGAUAACCUGGGGAGAAAUUGAAGGCACACCUAUUCGGCUCGAUGGCGGAGACACGCCUCUGCGGCCUGGUGCAGGAACAGCAUCAUUCCGAAUCGCUGAGCCUCCUAAAAGAGAGAGGUUGGCUUUAGCGCUGGCUGAAAAAGCAAGUGAAAGACAUCGCAACAAAAAAAGCAAAGCCAUGGAAGCAGCCAAAAGGCUCGCAUCCCCCUCACCGAAACACGGUGGUCUAUCAGUUGAGAGGUUAAGUACAAUGUCACCAGCAGCGCAACGCUUCAUAUCAAGCCACCUCAAAACAUGUAUAGGUUCAGACAAAGCCCUCCAAGCUUCUUACAGCCCGGCAUCAAACCGCAGCAACCGCAGCACCAGGUCCACAACGCCGUUCUUGUCGCCACGUCCAGACUCUACACCAGGUCAACCUCUGCGCAUUAAGACACCCACGCAGAAUCCCCGCGCUCCAGUAAAGAUCUCCUCUAAGUCUUCCAAAUCUGCCAAUACACUCACCGAUGAUCUACUUAAACUCAAUUUGCCCAAGCGACCAAAGGCAUCCGACUUCUUCUAAAAAGUCCCCCUUUUCGUUUUUAAUAGAAGGAGCACUCAGGUACAAUCAACUUACUCUAACCAUUUACUGAUUACAUGGUUUAGGAUACAAACCGAGAUUCCUACUAAUACAUGUUUUCUCAUCAUAAUUUCAUGCGAAACGUAGUACCAUCCUUGAAAUCUUUAUUAGGUCGCUGGACAAGUUUUAAAUUAAAGCACCACCCAUAGUCUCUCUUCAAAGUUUCACGAGGAAUUCGAACCACACUAAGGGUAGUGCGGAAAGCAACUCCUAAACAAGAUAUAAGUGUGUACAAUUAACAUAGCAAAAAUACAAAUGUUAUCGUUUGUAUACUUUGACUUUCAUUCAAUCUUUGUUAAAAAUUAUUCCCUAAUAUCUUGUUCAAGAAUUGACUUUAACGCUUCCGCUGUAUGCAUCGUUUUAUACGCAAUAUUUGAAAGAGUAUAUAUUAUAAAGAGUCUAGUAUAGACCUUGUUAAGUGGCCUAUGCCAACCAUUAAGAAAUAAAUUUAUUGCUUUUCUAGGGAAAGCAGAAACGAAUAUUUUGUGAGAUACCUGACUUAGGCAUUAGCGAAUGCAAUUUUCUUAGAAGUCGGCAGAGGGAACUUCUCUCUCUUUAACAGUUAUAUUGUGUUCUGAAUCAUGAUUGGGCUCCGUUAUUGCCGAAUCAUUGUACUACUCCUUCAAAAGGAAGAUUGUGAAGACUAAUUUUGCAUAGAUUAUUAUAAUUUAAGGCUGUGAUAUGUUAAAUAAUAAAUUGAUUUUUCUGAAAUAUA